AUGACCACCACCUUGAUCAUCAGCGUGAUCACCUCCACCUUGACCAUAAUCAUCAGCGUGAUCACCGUCGUUACAGAGACGUUACAGAGACACUACGUUACACUACGUUACAAUCACACUACGUUACACUACACUACAGAGACGUUACAGAGACAUUACACUACACUACAGAGACGUAGGUCGUUACAGAGACGUUACAGAGACACUACAGAGACACUACGUUACAAUUACACUACACUACGUUACACUACACUACAGAGACACUACGUUACACUACGUAACAUUACACUACGUUACACUACACUACAGAGAAGUUACAGAGACGUAGGUCGUUACAGAGACGUUACAGAGACACUACGUUACAGAGACACUACACUACGUUACACUACACUACAAUUACACUACAGAGACACUACACUACGUUACACUACACUACAAUUACACUACAGAGACACUACACUACGUUACACUACACUACAAUUACACUACAGAGACACUACACUACGUUACAGAGACAUUACACUACGUUACACUACACUACAGAGAAGUUACAGAGACGUAGGUCGUUACAGAGACGUUACAGAGACACUACGUUACACUACGUUACAAUUACACUACGUUACACUACAGACACGUUACACUACACUACGUUACACUACACUACGUUACACUACAGACACGUUACAAUUACACUACGUUACACUACACUACGUUACACUACGUUACAAUUACACUACGUUACACUACGUUACAAUUACACUACGUUACACUUCACUACAGAGACGUAGGUUGUUACAGAGACGUUACAGAGACACUACGUUACAGAGACACUACACUACGUUACACUACACUACAGAGACAUUACACUACGUUACACUACACUACAGAGACAUAGGUCGUUACAGAGACGUUACAGAGACACUACGUUACACUACGUUACAAUCAUACUACGUUACACUACACUACAGAGACGUAGGUCGUUACAGAGACGUUACAGAGACACUACGUUACACUACGUUACAAUCAUACUACGUUACACUACACUACGUUACACUACACUACAGAGACGUUACAGAGACAUUACACUACACUACAGAGACGUAGGUCGUUACAGAGACACUACGUUACAGAGACACUACAGAGACACUACACUACG